AUGGGGUAGGGUAGAGUAAGAGAAGGUAAGGAAUAGCGUAAAAAUUCAAUUUUUUUACUUUUUCUAUGAUGUACUUUUGGCUUUGUUAUUAGUUUUACUAGCGUUUUUUUUGUGAUUUUUAUGUAGACCUGAAUUAAAUUUUAAAUUUACAUUUUCAUUUCUUUCAGAAGCAUAUCAACAUGUAAAAUGGACGAUUUAUAAUAAUAUUGCUAAAAAUUAAUAACUAUUUCUAAAAAAUUGAUUUUGUUAAUGUAAUGGGCUAAUUGUUUUAAGCCUAAACUGAAGCCUAAACGUUUUAUUAGGCCUAAAUCUAAGCAUAAUAUUGAAGAAUUAAACUUAAUUUUAAACCUCAGGUUAAGCCUAUUAUUAAAUAUUGAUCUAAACCUGAGUUUAAACGCUUAAACCGAGUCUGUGCUUAAUCUAAGCCUAACCUGAAACUAAGCCUAAUCUAAACCUAAUCUAAGCAUAAACUUCAAAUUCUAAAAUGAGCUUUCGUCGCUGUAAAAAACCUCGUAUUUCAAUACAGACAGCCUUUAUUAUAGUAACUUUAUUAGUCAUUCUUUAUAAUGAAUAUCUGUCCUUAAGGCUAUACUCUUGGUUAUGGAAAUUACCGGUCGAAAAUGGAAUUAAAGUUUUGGUCGUUGCUGAUCCUCAACUUGUCGGUUAUCAAAAUGAACCGAAAUUGGGUGGAGGACUGAGAAGAUGGGAUUCGGAUAAGUGAGUUUUAGUUUUAAAUGACAUUUUAUGAUAUUUUUCAUUAGAAAUGAGGAUUUGAUGCCAUUUUUAUUGUAGUUACAUGAAAAGAGCGUACUCGUUAGCUUAUGACAACUACAAGCCGGAUGUUGUCAUAUUUUUGGGUGAUUUAAUCGAUGAAAUGAUUUUUGCUACUCAAAAUGAAUUGGAAAUGGCAAUCGAUAGGUUUUACAACGUCUUUCCACAGUUUGAUCUCAAUACUACUGUAAGUUUUAAAAAGCGUUCACGUACCUACAGUAACCCUUGCCUCUCUCGUCUAUAUUAACCAUGCUUUUCAGUUGAUCUUCAUCCCAGGCGACAAUGACAUUGGUGGCGAGGUGGAGCCAGUCCAUGAACAUCUCAAAGUCAAGUUUGCAGAAAAGUUUCUAAAUUUCUACUCAAGGAAGCCCAUCGACAAGCUUCUGGAGCUCUCAUCAGUAUAUUCUUUAAGUGAUAAGCAAGUUUACAAACUGACUUCAUCUCAAAAUGGCUUUCCAAUCCUAUUAAGUCAUGUUCCAAUGAUCCGAGACUCCACUAAGCCUGUGUUCGAGCAAUUUAACGACGAAAACUAUGACAUUAGGCUUAUCUUGAGUGGGCAUGAUCAUGUUGGAGAGUACUAUAUUCAACCUCAACAUGAACAACAGUUCGAUCGGAUGGAAGCGAGUAGGGGGAUCAAGUUUUUGUUCAAAAAAGGCGAGGAGAAUGGGGUGUUGGAGAUACAGGUGGGUUUUAAAAUGACAUUUUUAGUUUUUUGGAUUAAAAAAAGGUUUUAGGCUUAAAGUAGAUUUUUUAGGCUUUAAAUUUGAUUUUAAAACUUGACUGUUAAGUUUAAAACUUCAUUUUAAGAAAUAAAAUUGAUUUUUAGGCUUAUCUUUAUAAUUUAAAUUUAAAAACUGGUUUUUAGGCUUGGGGUGACUUUUUAGGCUUAAAUGUGAUUUUUUGGCUUAAAAGUUGAUUUUUAGGCUUGUAGUGAAUUUUUAGGCUUAAAAGUCACCUUUAGGUUUAUUGUCAUUUUUAAGGCAUACAAGUUGAUUUUUAGGCUUAAAUUUGAUCUUUAGGCUUAAAAAUUGAUUCUUAAGCUUAAAUUUCAAUUGUACUCAUUUUUUAGGCUUAAAAGUCAACUUUAGGUUUAUUGUCGCUUCUUGAGACAUGAAAUUGACUUUUAGGCUUAAAUUUGAUUUUUAGGCUUAUAAGUUGCUUUUUAGGCUAAAAUUCAUUUUAAUGUAAUUCUUUUCAGGUCCCAACCAUCUCCUACCGCAUGGGUGUACCAGACAUGGCAAUUGGAGCACUGAACAUUGAAAACACAUCAAAAGGGUACGAAGUUCACUACGAAAACUUGUGGUUACCUCCACGAUAUCCCCAGCUUUACGUGUAUUGGUUAACUUUCAUAGGUUUAAUUCUCAUCAUUUUGUUCAAAACAAUCGCUUUGGGAGCCAAAAAGUGGCGCCAAGGACGGGAAAGCACAAAAUAUAAUAUUGUAUAA